AAAAAAUAAAGGAAAGGAAAGAAACUCAACCGAAACCCUACUCGCCUCCGCCGGGGACGAUCAGCGAUCCAUGGCGGCAUCCUUGCUCCGCCGCGCCGCGCGCCAGCGGGAGCUCGCGUCCCCUCUUGGAUCCCUGAAGGCCACCUUACAGUCAUCGUGUGCUGCCAAUCUGUGCUCAAAAUGGGGUAGUUUCGCAAGACCUUUCAGUGCAAAAGCAGCUGGAAAUGACAUUAUUGGAAUUGAUUUGGGAACUACUAACUCAUGUGUCUCUGUUAUGGAGGGAAAGAACCCAAAGGUCAUCGAGAAUGCUGAAGGGACAAGAACAACACCGUCUGUUGUUGCUUUUAAUCAAAAGGGUGAACGCCUUGUUGGGACUCCAGCCAAGCGCCAGGCAGUAACAAAUCCCCAGAAUACUUUCUUUGGAACAAAGCGGCUGAUUGGGCGCCGCUUUGAUGAUCCACAGACACAGAAAGAGAUGAAGAUGGUGCCAUACAAAAUCGUCAAGGCUCCAAAUGGUGAUGCCUGGGUUGAAACAACAGAUGGCAAACAGUACUCACCAAGCCAGGUCGGUGCAUUUGUGUUGACCAAGAUGAAGGAGACAGCAGAAUCUUACCUCGGGAAAUCUGUCUCGAAGGCAGUGAUCACUGUUCCAGCAUACUUCAAUGAUGCUCAGCGUCAGGCCACAAAAGAUGCAGGCCGAAUCGCUGGCCUUGAGGUUGAAAGGAUCAUCAAUGAGCCGACAGCAGCCGCUCUUUCCUAUGGAAUGAACAACAAGGAGGGUUUGAUAGCAGUCUUUGAUCUUGGAGGAGGAACUUUUGAUAUCUCUAUUCUGGAGAUCUCAAAUGGAGUUUUUGAGGUCAAAGCAACAAACGGUGAUACUUUCUUGGGUGGUGAAGAUUUUGAUAAUACACUUUUGGAAUUCUUGGUGAGUGAGUUCAAGCGAACUGAGGGCAUUGAUCUGUCAAAGGAUAGAUUGGCUUUGCAGAGGCUUCGUGAAGCUGCUGAGAAGGCAAAGGUUGAAUUGUCAUCAACUACUCAGACUGAAAUGAAUCUGCCGUUCAUAACAGCUGAUGCAUCAGGAGCAAAGCAUUUGAAUAUCACACUGACAAGGUCAAAGUUUGAGGCUCUUGUGCACCAACUGAUUGAGAGGACUAGAGAUCCAUGCAAGAAUUGCUUGAAGGAUGCUGGAAUAUCUACUAAAAAUGUGGAUGAGGUGCUCCUUGUUGGUGGAAUGUCUAGGGUUCCAAAAGUACAGGAGGUGGUCUCUGAAAUUUUUGGAAAGAGCCCAAGCAAAGGAGUUAACCCAGAUGAAGCUGUGGCCAUGGGCGCUGCCAUUCAGGGUGGCAUUCUCCGUGGAGAUGUUAAGGAGCUUCUUCUCCUUGAUGUUACUCCCCUAUCACUUGGUCUCGAGACCCUUGGUGGUAUCUUCACCAGAUUGAUCAAUAGGAACACUACAAUUCCGACGAAGAAAAGUCAGGUGUUCUCAACUGCUGCUGACAAUCAGACCCAAGUAGGUAUCCGUGUGUUGCAAGGUGAGCGUGAAAUGGCUGCAGACAACAAGCUUCUUGGUGAAUUUGAUCUCGUUGGCAUUCCACCCGCCCCAAGAGGCAUGCCUCAGAUUGAGGUCACAUUUGACAUUGAUGCCAAUGGAAUUGUGACCGUCUCUGCAAAAGAUAAGGCCACCGGAAAGGAGACAAACAUCACCAUUCGAUCCUCCGGUGGGCUAUCUGAGGCUGAGAUCCAGAAGAUGGUCCAUGAAGCUGAGCUGCAUGCCCAGAAGGAUCAGGAGCGUAAAGCGCUCAUCGACAUCAGGAACAAUGCUGAUACGACUAUCUACAGCAUCGAGAAGAGCUUGGGAGAGUACAGGGACAAGAUCCCUGCAGAGGUCGCGUCUGAGAUCGAGGCGGCCAUUGCUGACCUCCGCAAGGAGAUGGCCUCAGACAACAUUGAACAGAUAAAGGCCAAGCUCGACGCCGCGAACAAGGCCGUCUCGAAGAUUGGGCAGCACAUGUCUGGUGGUGGUUCAGGUGGUUCGCAGUCAGGAGGAUCUCAGGAUGGUGGUGACCAGUCUCCAGAGGCUGAGUACGAGGAGGUCAAGAAGUGAGGCAGCGGAAGAUGAAUCAGUAGACACCAUUUAGAAGUAGCUAGUCUUUUUUAGAACACAAGAUAAUAGGAUGAGACGUAACCUCUGCAGGUCGCAACAACAUUCUCUAGUAGGUCAUGGCUUUUGUUGCAUACGGCGCCUUGUUUUGGCCUUUGAUGCCCUCAAGCAGGCACGAAGCGAUGAGAUUUCACACUUGUUUU